GUUUAGUUAAAGGCAGAAGAAGAAUAUAGAAGCAAUAGAAGAAGACAAAGAUGACGAAACAACAACAACGGAAUACCGACUUCACUAAAGUCAGGGACACUUUGAAUGUUUUGUAAUCAACUUUUAUAUAAAUAUUUGAUGUCAUUAAAGUUUCCGCUAGCAUGUUAGCAUCAGCACAGCGACGCCUUAUUAGCAUUUUACCAUUAGCACCGUUGUAGCCUGAUCGCGUAGACUUCACGUGACAAUUUCUGCCUUUUUUAAAUCAACCAUUGGCUCAGACCUCCAUCUUUACUCCGUUUCUCUAACCGAGCUUUCGUCAGUGACAUCAGACGGAACAAUGUCCCCCUACAGGGUCAAAGGGCACGACAUCCAGCACACGUCACAUACGGAACCUGCGGCCGGCGGUGACGUCACAAAUUCAAGCUGGAAGCAACGUUACCGUGACGUCAGUCCCGUAACGUUACAGCUGAGCGGCGGCGCUGUUAGAGCCAGUCUGUACUGUGACAUGAUUGAUGGCCUCAGCGGCCUGGCAGAAUCCUUCCUGGUGGAGAUUUACCGCUGUAAGCUUUGCCAGUUCACCUGCGACCUGAAGACCACCAUCAGCAGCCACCUGCUGCUCAGGCACCACCCCCCUUCCCUCACUUCGCUCGCCUGCAUGGACCGGGCCGAAGAGGCGGGGCUUCGGCAGGCGGCGUUGGUCUUCCCGCUGGACCUGGCAGAGGCCAAACAAAGUGAGGACGAUGAGGACUUCCUGCUCUACAACAUGCUGGACAACAUGAGCCCGCCCACCUGUGACGUCAUCAGCACUGAGGGAGGGCUGCAGGUCAGCCGUCUGUUUGAGGAUGACGAGUCCAUCUUCUCUCUAAAAAGGACGCCUGAGGAACUACCCGGUCCCACUGACACCCCCGCCACUCAGGAAGAAAUGGCGCAGUCCGCCCACCUGAAGACGCUCGGACUCUGCCGCAUCACCGCCGCCCGUACGCCUUUGCCGCCCGUUUCUGUCAAACUGCAUCUGGCUGAUAACUCGGACCAACUGACGCGCAUGGACACCCGGAAAGACGCCAAAAGACGGCGUCUGUCGUGUCCCGUGUGUCUGGUGAAGCUGCCGUCCAGGCGGCUGAUGGACGCGCAUAACAAGUGUCACAAGUCAUCAAGUGGCACCGUCUGCUGCAAACCGACACCUAAUAGGUUGGUGGAACUAAGGCCUGAUUGGAGGAAGCGCCGCAGGAGGAAGGAGGAGAAAAUAGAAGAGGACUGUUCAAAAGACGAGAACGCAGAUAAAAGUCAACUGUUGAUUCGAUCAGCUGACAGCAGGAAAAAGAAGAAGACGCACCCAGACAGCCACUUGUCAGCGACAUCGAAAGAUGACGACGAAAAAGACGAAGAAGAAGAGUCAUCGUCUGGUUUCAUCUGCUCGCUUUGUCACAGGAAGUUCUCUAGCAAAGUGACACUGCAGCGCCACCUGGGGGUCCACAGUGGAGACAAACCUUUCUCAUGUCCUCACUGUUCUUAUAGGAGCCGACUGAAGGAGUCUCUUCUGCAACACAUCAGGACACACACAGGUGAGAAGCCGUUCAAGUGUGUUGAGUGUUCGUAUGCGUCCAUUGAUCGCAGUUCUCUGCUGCGACACUCCAGAACUCACAGCUUAGAGAAACCUUACAAGUGUCAACACUGUGACUACCGCAGUAUCCAGAAGAAAAGUUUGGAUCUUCACGCCCGGCGCCAUCACACCGGAGAGACGUUUCCAUGUCAACAGUGUGAGUAUUCCAGUCCUGACCGCCAGCUGCUUCUGCGACACACACGCAGACGCCACGCCCCCUCCCAGAGAAAGUCGUCCAAUCUGUUUUGAGUGCCAGCUGGUUUGGACUUAAAAGGCAAUACAGCAAAGACGGAAUCAUGUUAUUCAAAAUGGAUGAAAUAAUGCAUAAGAAGACUAUAUAAGUGUCCCAGUCCGCUUUGUGUUUGACGUGGGGUCGUGAAAAGUUCCUAAAAGAUUUCCCCAAAGUGUCAGUGUGUCAGGUAAGCUAAAUUGUUACAGGCUAUAUAUAAAUAUAUAUAUAUUUUUUACUAUAUUUUUUCAAUAAAUUUAUAGAAAACAAGAAAAUACCGCUUUUGGGCUUUUAUCCUUAAAAUUUCUACCGCAAGUCUGACAUGAAAUAUUUGUCACAAUAUGUCACAGUUUCAAAGAUUUUACAUAAAUAUAUGUUUUGGUCAAUUCAAAGUACAUUUGUACUAGACUAAAAUCUUCAUGUAGUAUAAAGUCCUGUUAGUUUUAUUUUCAUACUAAUUCACAACCAAAGUUAUAUGCAAGCACUUUACAAGUGGAGAAGGUUUAGAAGCAUUUGUACAGAACCAAUUGAACCCCACAUGUGCAAGCACUUUGCGACAGGGGCAAGUACAAACCACAACAGACAGCAUUGAGUAGAAUCACUACCGUCACCUCGCAGCUCCACCACCAACAAUAACAUACUGUAAAUGUGAGGUGCUGGCUGCACCUCCAGAAGCAGGGAGCACCUUGUGUUAGUUUGUGUAGUGUAAAUAACAUAGAAACAUCAAGGUUGUGGCGAUAAUUUAAAUAUUCAUUUGCCGGUCAUGCACUCUCUUGACUACUGCUGUUAUUCACGUCACAUCCCGUUGUUGCCUCAGAUUCAAGCCCAUGGUGGGCAAACAAGAAGUCAAGUGAAAUUGGAGUGAAAAUGUCACAUGCAUGCAAUGUUCUCGCCUGUGGAAAUGUUUACAAUAGGGAUUUUGGUGAAAGUUAUUCUAGAGUUCCUAACACAAAGAGAAAAUAGUUGCAAUGAUGCAAAGAAACGUUGCUGCUGUGUUGAACAUGUCGCUCUCGUUGAUGGGACCAAAAUAAACGAUAAAGUCCUCCUUAUGAAUGA